AUGUUCACCAGGCUACUUGGCAAACAUAAAAAAGAUGAAUCCCACGGUGCCCUAACCCGCAAGUCCUUAAAAAAGCUAAACGAGCAACUUCAGAUGCUGGAGCAACAAGAGAAAGUACUAGAGCGGAAGGCUGCUGCUGAACUAGAAAAGGCCAAGACUUUCAACAAUGCAAAGAAUAGAAAAGCUGCUCUCAGAUGCUUGAAGAUGAAGAAGAGGUACGAGGAACAAAUAGAGAUACAAGCAAACACCCAACUGCGGAUCCAUGAUCAAAUGAUACUGCUAGAAGGUGCAAAAGCCACCACGGAAACUGUGGGUGCCUUGAGAACUGGGGCAGCUGCAAUGAAGGCAAUGCAGAAAGCAACGAAGAUAGAUGAUGUGGACAAGGUCAUGGAUGAGAAUAAUGAGCAGACGGACAACAUGAAGCAGAUCCAGGAAGCUUUGGCGAAUCCGAUUGGUUACGAUUUUGAUGAGGAUGAGUUGGAAGCGGAACUUGAAGAGCUUGAAGCCGCCGAGUUGGAAGAUGAUCUUCUUCAGCCUGUAACUACAAGUACAUCUACUUCUGCAGCUCCAGUGCAGGUCCCGGCAGGAGUUAGGCAACCAAGUACUGCUCGUCGUGUUCCGGAGAAGCCUAGUGCUGAAGUAGAUGAAUUGGCUGCCUUGCAGGCUGAGAUGGCACUAUAA